AUGGCUUUGAAUUCGAUCCACGGCGACGCCGUAUUGGGAUCCAACCUCUGCAUAAACGACGUUCUAAGGGACGACGAGCUGCGUUCCAUUCUGGGGCGGGUGGAGUCUGAGAAGGACAAGGAAACCUUCGGUUUGGUCUGCAAGCGAUGGCUUCGCUUGCAGAGCACUGAGAGGAAGAAGCUCGCCGCACGUGCCGGUCCCCUCAUGCUCCGAAAAAUGGCCGAUAGAUUCACACGCUUGCUCGAAUUGGACCUCGCUCAGUCCGUUUCGCGUUCCUUCUACCCCGGCGUCACCGAUUCCGACCUCGCCGUCAUCGCUAAUGGCUUCACAUGCUUGAAGAUCCUCAAUUUGCACAAUUGUAAAGGAAUUACAGAUACUGGAAUGAAGGCUAUUGGUGAAGGUCUUUCCUUAUUGCAGUCGUUGGAUGUGUCUUACUGUAGAAAGCUGACCGACAAGGGAUUAUCAGCUGUUGCCAAAGGCUGUUCUGAUUUGCGGAUAUUGCAUAUGGCUGGUUGUAGAUUUGUUACUGAUGGUGUAUUAGAAGCUCUCUCCAAAAACUGUCGUAGCUUAGAGGAGUUGGGAUUGCAAGGGUGCACAAGUAUCACUGACAAUGGACUGAUAUACCUUGCAAGUUGGUGUCAUCGAAUCAGGUUUCUAGACAUCAACAAAUGCAGUAAUGUCAGUGAUGUUGGGGUUUCUAGUAUUUCUAGGGCUUGUUCAUCUUCUCUCAAGACAUUGAAACUGUUAGAUUGCUACAAAAUUGGGGAUAAAACCAUAUUAUCCCUGGCCGAAUUCUGUGGUAAUUUAGAGACUUUAAUCAUUGGUGGUUGCCGGGCUGUCUCUGCUGAUGCGAUAAAGUUGCUGGCUACUGCUUGUGGAAGCAGCCUUAAAAACUUGAGGAUGGAUUGGUGUCUAAACAUUUCUGAUUCUUCAUUGAGCUGUGUUUUAAGUGAAUGCAGGAACCUUGAGGCACUGGACAUUGGUUGCUGUGAAGAGUUGACUGAUGCUUCUUUUCAGUUUAUAAGCAAUGAGGAGCCUGCAUUGAGUUUGAAGAUUUUGAAGGUUAGUAAUUGUCCAAAGAUCACUGUGGCAGGUAUAGGCAUUAUAGUGGGUAAAUGCACUUCUCUGCAAUACUUGGAUGUGAGGUCAUGCCCUCAUAUUACGAAGGCUGGUCUCGACGAGGCUGGUUUCCAUUUUCCUGAAUCCUGCAAGGUUAAUUUUAAUGGUGGCAUCAGUGAGCCUGUUGUGCUUCUUUGA